GACAAAGACACUGCAAGACAAACUGCUCUUAACUGUCACCAUGAAGACCACACUCGCCAUCAUCGCUGUCCUCGUCCUGGCUCUCGGCUGGACCUCUGAAGCUGUGCAGGUUGAAGAGAAUGGAUUGUCUUUCUCUCUGGAAGCCAUCAAGAGGCUCCAGGAGCUGACCGAGAGCAGCGGUGCGACCGGACAACAAAGCCCACGACUCAGGACGAGCACCAUGUCCCUCUGUGCCGACCCCAUGCUCCCACAGGAGUUCCUGCCCCUCUGUAAGCAGAGAGGAGCAUCUGCAUCCCUCGCCAGACUAGCUAUGGUUCCCAUGGACGUCUGUGAGAUCUGCGCCUUUGCUGCCUGCAGCGGCUGCUAAACAAACCCAGAAAGCUGGAAACUUGCCUAGCUUAUGACUUGUGAUUAUGUUCUUCCCCUCUCAGAACUAUUUCCGGGAAUUUCUCCAUUUUUUAGCAAUUAUGAGAUGAUGACCUCAUGUUCCCUGAACACAGAGGUUCUGACCCUGGCCCAUUGUGCACUUCACUGUUAGACAAAAAAGAGCCCCAAAAGAAAAGAAAUCAG